UCACAAGCCAUAAAAACAGCCAAUGUGGCCAUAGCACUUCAGAUUGCUGCAUACAGAGAAACCUCUUGCAAUGUUUUUGUUCAUGUUGCUGUUCUGUGGCCUCGCCGUGGCCCAGGAUGCUCUUGAAGUUGCUGAAACGGAGACAUCUGGGACAAAGUCUCUCUUCUAUACUGACAUGUGUGACCAGCUGAAAGAGCUCGCUGCCAUGAAGGAAAGAGUGGAAGCGUUGGAAAACCAACUGAUUGAGCACAAAAAAUGCCAGGAAAAUGGGAAGGUUGUUUUCAGUGUGGCAGCACAAGCAAGUGGACACAUUGGCCCUUUCAACACAGAAACAACACUCAUCUACAACUCAGUGCUGACAAACAUCGGUGGCGCCUACAAUCAAUACACAGGAAUCUUCUCUGCACCUGUAACGGGCGUUUACUACUUCACCCUCUUCUUUCACUCUGGAGGAGCACACGCAACUCACCUGACCCUCAUGAAGAACAACGAGCAUUUGGUCUUGACCUCUGACCACGAGACGUCACAUGACGGGGCCGAUAACGGAGGCAACGCCGUGUUUGUCCACCUGCAGCCAAACGACCAGGUGUUUGUGCGAAUGCGUGCGAAUUCCCACAUUUGGGCAACGGCAAGAAUGACCAGCUUUAGUGGUUUUCUGCUGAGUGGAUGUUGAGAGAAAGAGAGUAAAUAAGAUAUGAGAUAACA